GACUCAGUGACCAUUUUAUCGACCCGUCCUUGUUGGUGCCAAUCACAUGGCCAUACCGCGCUACACUUGUGUAUGUUGAUGAUGGAAGGAAAGUUUUGGAACUGUGCGUAGCCUGGCAGUCUUUGAAAGACCCCAUUGCUUUUCUACCUUGCGGAGAAGCCCAGUGCAUUGUGGUCCUCAGCUCAGGUGAGGAAGACCCAAGCGUGUUUGGCGUUGAAGUGUUGGGCGAGGUUAUCCAGAAUAGUGGCUCUCAGGACAGUGAUGCCAUGCUUCUGGAUGAUGAGCCAUGUGUGGAUGCUCCGGCUGGGGCAUCCGAGCCACAAGAGUUUGCUCCAGCACUGCCAGAGCCCGUGGCAGAUCAGAUGGAACAUGUUCCUGCCUCUGUUCAGACAGAUUCAAAUGAGCCAGUCGUAGUGGAGGUUUCUGAGAGGCCACCUAGGGCACAAUUUGUGCCAGAAGUGCCAUCCAAAGAGGAGCGACUCCUCCACGAGGUCACUCAUCUCCCGUAUAAGUCUUGGUGUCCGCAUUGCACCAUGAUGAAGGAGGUGCCUGAUCAACACCGUUCGCUUCCAGAAGGGGUUCGAGAGCACCCUACAAUCUCCUUUGACAUGAGCUACACUGGCUAUGAUUGCACUAAUGAGCCAGCAGAUUCUCAAAAGGACAAAUUGGCUUGCCUCAUAGUGCGCUGCAGUCACACGGAUGCAAUUGCGGCAGUACCUCUUCCUGAUAAGAGUGCGCCUUCAAUGAAACACGCAGCUGUGGAGGUAGUCCGCUUUUGUCAGCUUCUGGGGCACACUGAGGUGGAACUCAAGUGCGACAACGAGCCAUCCAUGUUGUUGCUGCAGGGCUUAGCUUUGAAUGCUCGCAAGCGGUUGGGUUUUAAGACUAGGAUUAAGAAUCCGCCUGUUGCAGCCCACCAGGCCAAUGGACCGGUGGAGAAAAGUGUUGAUGUCAUCAGAAGAUUGGCCAAUGUCAUGCUGUCAAUGGCCCGGGAACGCCUGGGAAUAGAAAUUGGUAACCAUCCCCUCUUCAGCUGGGCGUUCAUCCACAGUGCAUGGUGCCACUCCAGGUAUCAUGUCAAAGCUGGCCUCACCGCUCACGAAUGUGCGAGCGGGGCACGAUACAAUGGCAAGCUUGUACCAUUUGCUGAACCGGUGUAUGCCUAUGUGAAGCCCCUUCAAAAGGGUAAUGCCAAGUGGGAAAUGUCAAUUUUCUUGAGCAAGUCCACAACAAGCGACAUGUUCAUCCGCCUCACCAAAUCCGUUCGACGGACUGGACAGCCAUGGAAGAUGGAACACAAGCUCGCUGAGAGUAAGGGUGUGCCAUGGAUUAUCAUUUAG